GGACUACGUAAAUCGUUCGGAUAAGUGAGACUAAUUUCUUUUUGUUUUCCUACAAAAAUAAUUUCAUCAAAUAAAUCUAUGACUCCUAUUAAAAUUAACUGUAAAUCUGUGUGAAGUAAAAUUUAAUGCAUUUCCUUUGAGACAUUAGUUAAGAUUGUUUCGAAAGAAGAAGGAAUAGAUGUGAAAGACAGAGGAAAAGGGAAAUUUCAAGCGCUUCACACCAGUUUCAUGUUAGAAAGAUUUUCAAUUAUAAGAACGUUUAAACGUGUAUCGAAUCUUAUCAGUGAUAUUUGGUAUAAACUUAAUCCACAACAAUUAACAAUAGAAAUGCCAAGAUCCAAACGUCGUCAUCGGUCGAGAUCCGAGUCGUCAGCUCAUGUCCAUCAUCGUGAUAAAAGGAGAAGAAUAGGAUCCAACGAUAGUGGAAAUUAUAAACAAAUUGAAAGUUUUGAAGAUUCAUCGUCCAGCAGACGAAGGAAAUCUAAACGAUCUCAUCAUAAACGAACUCCAGAUGCUUCUGACAGAAAGUCAAGAAGACAUUACAGAAAAUGCCGUCACGAUUAUAACACACGAAACAACUACUACGAGAAACACGAGAGGAAGGAUAGAGACGAACGCGAUGGUCGUGAAAGAGAAAGAUCUAGAACUCCUGUGAAACGAGCUCCUUCAAUCCGAGAUGAUUCUGAUGGCCAUCUGAUUUAUCACAAUGGUGACAUUUUGCUUAAUCGAUAUAAAAUCUUAGCUACGCUUGGUGAAGGAACUUUUGGACGAGUUGUGAAGGUUAAAGAUAGUGUAAUGGACCAAACGAUUGCACUUAAAAUUAUAAAGAAUGUUGAGAAAUACCGUGAAGCUGCUAAACUUGAGAUAAAUGCUCUAGAAAAGCUUUUAGACAAACGAGCUACGGAACAUUUAUGCGUUAAAAUAAUGGACUGGUUUGACUAUCACGGUCACACAUGCAUUGCCUUUGAGAUACUCGGCCUUAGUGUCUUCGAUUUCCUCAAAGACAACAAUUAUGAGCCGUAUCCGCUCGAUCAUGUCCGUCACAUCUCAUACCAAUUGUGCUAUGCUGUUAAGUUCUUACACGACAAUAAGUUGACACAUACAGAUUUAAAACCAGAAAAUAUCUUAUUUAAUCGUGAGAUGCGUCGUGUAAAAUGUACUGAUAUACGUUUAAUUGACUUUGGUAGUGCAACGUUUGAUCACGAACAUCACAGUACAAUUGUGUCGACGCGUCAUUAUCGAGCACCAGAAGUUAUUCUUGAGUUAGGCUGGGAACAACCAUGCGAUGUUUGGUCAAUCGGAUGUAUCAUGUUUGAAUUAUAUUUGGGCAUUACACUCUUCCAAACACACGAUAAUCGAGAGCAUUUAGCUAUGAUGGAACGAAUUCUAGGAACAUUACCAUUACGAAUGGCAAGAAAAACGAAAACAAAAUAUUUCUAUCAUGGAAAGUUAGAUUGGGAUGAGAAAUCUUCAGCUGGACGUUAUGUCCGGGAUCACACAAAACCUCUUAUUCGCUAUAUGGUUUCAGAGACUCCAGAACAUUUGCACCUGUUUGAUAUUAUUCGUCAAAUGUUGGAUUACGAUCCAAAUACUAGAAUAACUUUGGAACAAGCUUUGCGACAUCCAUUCUUCCAAAAGCUUCCAACACACCAACGGCUUCAUGAGAAAAAUAAUCCUGCUCAAUAUGUAUCGGCAAGCAGUUCUCGAGAGAGAUCGCAUAGCCUAUCAGUUCGUUAAAAGCAUCUGAAAUAUCUUUAUGUUUAUUUUAUACUUUGAUUUCGAUUAAUAUUACUUUUCCAAUCAUAUCCCGGGAUAACAUGUUGUGACACGUUUCUUUUCUUUUGAAUUGAAUGUUCAGAGUUUCAUUCACCGAUAAGCAGCUUUUUUCCAAAGUUAAUAAAAUUUCCUUUAUUCACUAACUUUUAAAUCAUCUAUUGUCAUGAAUAUUUUCUUUUCACUUUUCAUUUAGUUUUUCUUCUGCUUCAGUUCAAUCACUAUUUAGAUGAGAUAAUUUUCUUCUAUUUAAGGAAUAUAAUAAAGAAGCGAAUAAAUAAAUAUUAAUAAUAAACA